ACAAUAACAGCUGAGUUGAUGACGGUGUGUGAAUGUUGUAAUUUUUCAGGUUAUGUUCAUAACAGCCAAAUACCUGAUUUAUUAGUGGUUGCUAUUUUUGGCCUGUCCGGUAAAGUCGCUACGUGUAUCUUCAUAAAAGAAACGGUUGAGAUUAUGACGUGUUGUCAGAAGCAGUUUGCCUAUGCAGUGAUUUCCGUCAUGUAUUUCGUGACUGACGGGAAAAGGCGGACAGUGAAGUUCUAACAUUCGCUAUGUUAGUGCGGUUAUGUUGACUUAAGUGUCAUAAUGUUCGUGAUAAUUUGCUGUGAUCUGAUGUAGACAUAGAGCGGCGCCAGAUUGUAGUGCUAACACUGUAGAACUGAAGCAAUGGACCAGGACCCAACUAUGUGGAUAAAAAAAGAGGAAACAGAUGAAGUAAAAAUUGAGUUACACUCCAUGUUUCUUGAAGAUCGAUUAAAGACUGAAGGACCUAGUGUUUCGGUAAAGCAAGAUUCUGAAGUGAAACAGCAUGCUGAUGGAUCAGAGCAUAAUUCUGUUAAAGAUCCAUUUGGAAUAUCUUGGUCCACUGAUUUUAUCAAGGAGGAUCCUGAAUUGAAUUUGGAAAUUGUCACUGAGGAUAUUGUGGAAACCUCAACAAGAUACACACAUGAUAGUGCAAGAUUGACUCAGAGUACUGGUGGGAGCUGUGGCAUAUUAUGUGAGGAAACUUAUCACCAUGGGCUAGUCCAGGAUAAGUUGGUGAUAGACAUGAAGACAUCAACACACGAGUUCGGUCCCAAUACAGAAGAUGUGAUUAUUGACAAGGCGUGCUCAGAUGCUACCCGAUAUGACUGUAGUACAAGAGAAAAGGAAUUUCAUGUAUAUAGCUGUAAUUUCUGCCUAGAAAGCUUUCCUUCCAAAUACAGACUCAUAAUGCAUGUGUUUAUGCACAUUGGUGGUACGCAACCACCUUUGUAUGUUUGUAAGUGGUGCGGUGAGGUAUUUCACAGUAAUGUUAGUUUGAAAAAACAUUUGAGAAUGAGUGAGAAUUCUGUCUUACCUGCUAGCAACCAUGAAAAGUAUGGCGAUAGUGAUCAUCAUCAAAGCAAUAUCUUCUCGGAUAGUGAGCGAGAAGUUUCUGUUACAGAACACAAUGAGCAGUCUUCGUGUAAGGAAACUUCGAAAGCUUCAAAGAAGUCCUCUAAUGACAGGCGUUACACACAUAUGAGAAAUGAUACGGAGAAAUCAAAUGAUUAUGGAGCUUCAUCUACAGCUGUUAAUGUCACUCCCCAGGCUGAUCUACUUACUGCAAACAGAACCCACAAAUGUGAUAUUUGUGGCAAAUUGUUUGCUAGGUCAUGUUAUCUGAAGACUCACGUAUCAAUUCACACUGGAGAGAAACGUCACAAAUGUGAUAUUUGUGGCAAAUUGUUUGCUAGGUCAUGUUAUCUGAAGACUCACUUAUUAAUUCACACUGGAAAGAAACCUCACAAAUGUGAGGUUUGUGGGAAAUCUUUUGCUACAUCAGGUGAUCUCAAGAAACACACAUUAUUUCACACUGGACAGAAAGCACACAAAUGUGACAUCUGUGGGAAAUCUUUUACUACAUCAGGUGAUCUCAAGAAACACACAUUAAUUCACACUGGACAGAAAGCACACAAAUGUGACAUCUGUGGGAAAUCUUUUACUAGGUCAAGCAGUCUCAAGGCACAUUCUUUCAUUCACACUGGACAGAAACCUAACAAAUGUGAUAUUUGUGGGAAAUCUUUUGCUAUAUCAGGCAAUCUCAAGAAACACAUAUUAAUUCACACAGGAAAGAAACCUCACAAAUGUGAGAUUUGUGGGAAAUCUUUUGCUACAUCAGGUGAUCUCAAGAAACACACAUUAAUUCACACUGGACAGAAAGCACACAAAUGUGACAUCUGUGCGAAAUCUUUUACUAGGUCAAGCAGUCUCAAGGCACAUGCUUUCAUUCACACUGGAAAGAAACCUCACAAAUGCGAGAUUUGUGGGAAAUGUUUUACUAUGUUAGGCUAUCUUAAGAAACAUACAUUCUUCCACACUGGAAAGAAACCUCACAAAUGUGAGAUUUGUGGGAAAUCUUUUGCUAUAUCAGGUGGUCUCAAGAAACACACAUUAAUUCACACUGGACAGAAAGCACACAAAUGUGACAUCUGUGGGAAAUCUUUUACUACGUCAAGCAGUCUCAAGGCACAUGCUUUCAUUCACACUGGAAAGAAACCUCACAAAUGCGAGAUUUGUGGGAAAUGUUUUACUAUGUUAGGCUGUCUUAAGAUACAUACAUUCUUCCACACUGGAAAGAAACCUCACAAAUGCGAGAUUUGUGGGAAAUCUUUUGCUGUAUCAGGUGAUCUCAAUAGGCACGUAUUAAUUCACACUGGAAGAAAGCCUCAUAAAUGUGUAAUCUGUGACAGAAGUUUCACUCAAUUGAGUAAGCUCAAGACACAUGCAUUACUCCACUUGAGAAAGAAACAAGUAGGUGUUAGUUUAAGCAAAUAGGUAUCCCUGGUUGGUGCUCUCAAGGCCUGUAAAAUAAUGGAUGUAGCAGGGAGAUAAUAAAUGGUAAUGACUGUGAAAUAACAGUAUAAUGUGGUAGAAUUGUGAAAAAAUGUGUAAUUAUGUGUACUUUAGAGCGGUAGCAGAUAAAAUGGCAAUAUAAAAAUCCGUAUCUGCAGCUUGAAAUGUCAAGAAAUUGUAUUGCUAAAUAUGCCUCAAACGUGAAUCAAAUGUUUGUCAUUAACACUGCUAUUUUUUCCUAUCGAUCUUGAGACAAGAGGAUUCUGAAUUGUGAUAAAUCCUUACCUUCGUCAGUAAUUAUAAGUAGCAUGCAAUAUUCAGUAUAAGGCCAAGGAAAUGUCAUGACUUUCUGAUUAUUAUCCCUAACAUAGUCAUCAUGUAUUACUUGAAACUCUGCAUUUUAGAAACAAUGUUAGCAAUUGGGUACCCAUAUAUUAUGGCACUUCCUUCACUCAGACUUGUAAACUCAACACUGGAGAAACAUGAUUAUGGCAAUUAUUUUACUCAGGUAUGUUUUCUCAAGAGAUUUGCUCUGUGUGUCGUUAAUAGUGUAUACAUUUGUUCUGUUAGUAAUAAUCCUGCAUUAGUAAAUGUAGCAACAAAUAUAACAACCUGCUUAAUAGCAUGAUUGUCCACGUUUGGAACACAAUGCGUAGACACAUCUACAUGAUAGGGACUUGACAAGUUGUUUACAUGUUUCUGGAAGUGUUGCACCAGAUGUUUUAUUAAAUCUUAUUUCAUGUA